AUGUCGGGCCUUGUCAAUAAGCCAACGAAAGCAGGCAAACCGAUCGAUCGCGAGGACAUAUUCAAGUACACGAACGGGAAUUUCUUAGCGAACGAGAAGAAAGCGGUUGAUCGCAGAUAUGUUACAUUCGAUCUAGAUCAGCUUUGCGACGUAGCUGCGACUACUGGUGGGCGGCACUCGCCCGUCUGCGCAAUCGACAAGAUGGAAGGAGGGUUCAGCAAAGCACUUCUUCUACGCAAGGAAGAUGGCAGCGAGAUCGUUGCGAAGAUACCCUUUCCUAUCGCAGGACCACCAAAGUACACCACGGCGUCGGAGGUGGCUGUUCUCAAAUACCCACCGAAAGUUCUAGCAUGGAACGCUGAUCGGUCAAACCCGGUUGGGGCUGAGUACAUUAUCAUGGAAAAGGCUCCUGGGGUUCAGCAAUUCGAAGUGUGGGGAAACUUGAAUGACUGGGAGCGAUACAAAUUCUUUGGCCAAUUGACCGAAUACGAAAAACAGAUGGCUGAAAUCCAGUUCCCAGCGAGUGGAAGUCUUUACCUUUUGGAGUCAAUGACGGAGGGCGACAGACACGUCGCGCUGGGCCACGAGGCUGACCCUGUGGGAGAGUUCUGCAUAGGCCCCUCAUGCGAGCGAGGAUGGCAUACUACGGAAGCAUUAGCAAGUGCAAGCCCUCGAUUUGAUCGGGGGCCGUGGCCGGAUUUGUCUUCGUAUGGGACUGCUCUCGUCGAAGGAGAGCUCGCAAUCCUGCAAAAGCGCACUUCCGAUGAAACGUUUGAUUCACCGCGAGGAACUCUCGACGAGCAGAUCGAUACUCUUAAUAUGACCAAAGAGGUCAUGUCUCGACUGAACGACCGCACACUCAUCGGGAAAGUUUCCGAGCCGGUGCUAUGGCACACAGACCUCCAUAUGGGCAACAUAUACGUGUCAGGGCGGAUGCCACCACAAAUCUCAUCAAUCAUCGACUGGCAGUCCAUUGUAGUCUCGCCGCUGUUCUUGCAAGCACGAUUUCCGAAAUUUCUUACUGUCGAUGAAGACUACAAAUUGGGUGCUAUGAAGCUUCCAGACCCGCCGCCUGAUCUAGACAAAAUGGAUGCUAAAGAUAGGGAGCUGGCCGAGUACAAGUUUGAGCAAGCUAAACAAGCAAAGGUGUACGAAGUCAGUAGCGCAGCCACGAAUAUGCGGGCUUGGAGGUGUUUGCUGAUAUCAUCGUUCCUCCGCGACCUCUUCACUCGGUGCGGAGAAGUCUCGGAAGAGGGCGAGAUACCACUUCGCGCGUGUCUCCUCCUGGUUGCUGAUCUAUGGGACGAAAUUGGCUUCGAAGGCGAAUGUCCGCUCAACUUCAGCGAAGAGGAUGUGCAAAGGCUUGAGCAACAGUCCGAAAAGUACAGUAACUACCACAAAGUACACGAAUUUGCGAGAGGAAUCCUUAAUGCUGAUUUCGAAGGCUGGAUCAAUCCGAUGUUGGACUUCGCUGCGAAACAACAGCAAAACAAGGAAUUGCUGGAAGAGUUUGUGCGCAGGAGCAGUGAUUUUGGCAUGACGCCGGAGGAGAUGAGGAGAAUCUGGCCGUACUCGGAACGGUAG